AUGAAAUCCUGCAAGCCUAGCGGCCCGGCGGCGGGAGCGCGCGUCGCGCCCCCGUGCGCGGGCGGCGCCGAGUGCGCGGGCACUUGCGCCGGGCCCGAACGGCUGGAGAGCGCAGCGCGCAGGCGUCUGGCAGCCAACGCGCGCGAGCGGCGCCGGAUGCAGGGGCUUAAUACAGCCUUCGACCGACUGCGCAGGGUGGUUCCCCAGUGGGGCCAGGAUAAAAAGCUGUCCAAGUACGAGACCCUGCAGAUGGCAUUGAGCUACAUCAUGGCUCUGACCCGCAUCCUGGCCGAGGCCGAGCGAUUCAGUUCAGAACGGGACUGGAUGACUCUCCAGUGUGAGCACUUCGGCCGCGACCACUACCUCCCGUUUGCGGGCGCGAAGCUGUCGGGCGAGAGUGAGCCCUACAGCCAGAGGCUCUUCAGCUUCCAGCCCGAGCCCUUUCAGAUGGCCAAUUAG